GCAGGUGGAUUUUAUAAGAAAUGGCAGAACCCUUCUCAACACUACCAACACGCAGACAUAGAAGAGAAAGUAUUGAUUUGCCACCAUUUAUGGAUCUCUGCAGCAUUCCUCUUCAGACUGAGGAACACAAGUGUCCAGUAUGUCUGGAUGUGUUCACUGAUCCAGUCUCCACUCCAUGUGGACACAACUUCUGCAAAAGCUGUCUGAAACAAUGCUGGGACAACAGUCAGGAUUACAAAUGCCCUUAUUGUAAAGAAACAUUCAGCAAAAGACCUGAAUUAAAGAGCAACACAGUUCUUAGAGAAAUUGUACAUCUCUUUGAGAAAAACAGAACAGCCCAGUUAUGCAUCAGUGGUCCAUUAUCUGAGGAGCUCCAAUGUUCCAUCUGUUUGGAUCUAUUCAGUGAUCCGGUCACCGCUCCAUGUGGACACAGCUUCUGUAAGACCUGCAUGGAAAUGUUCUGGGACAGCAGUCAGAAAUGCAUCUGCCCAUUUUGCAAAGAAAACUUGGACAAAUAUCCUGAUCUAAGGUGCAACACAGCUCUUAGAGAGAUUGUGCAACUCUUUGAGAAAAGCACAGGCUACAAAAGGGAACCCGUGAUGUUCGAAUAUUCACAACCAUUAGAAAUGGAGGACCAAGAAGAGACUCUGUGCAAACCUUCAGAAACGGCUUCCUCAAGCAGUGUCCUGACAGAAAACCUCAAGUAUUUGAUUUGUCUGGAGCUGUCCACUGAUCCCAUGAUGACCCCAUGUGGACAUACCUUCUGUAAGGCCUGCAUGAAGGAAUUCUGGGAAAGCAGUCAUGAAAACACAUGUCCAUGCUGUAAAGAAAAUUUCACCAAGAGAGUGGAUCUUAGACACUGUGAGCGUCAGUUGUCUCAGUCUGAAAUCCUGAUGUGGCAGAGCUCUUACCUUGAGCCUCAUGAGAAAGUCACGAUGCUUGACCGUGUGGAGGAUAUCAAUCCUAAAAUAAUCCAGAAAUCUAACAGAGCUCUGGAGAUGUUCUGUGGAGGUGAUCAGACAUCUGUGUGUCAGUCCUGUACUGAGGGAGACCACGAGACUCACAACACAGUUCUUGUAGAAAACAAGAGUAAAGAGAAGAAGACUCAGGAGAUGAAGACGCACAAACUUGUGCAGCACAUGAUCCAGGACACAAUGAAGAUAGAUCACAAAAUCAAACACUCUGAAGUGAAAAUGAGCAAAACUCCGGAGAUGAAAAUGCUCACGAUUGUGCAGCAGAUGAUCCAGGACACAAUGAAGAUAGGUCAAGAAAUCAAACACUCUGAAAUAGAGAUGAGCAAAAAAAAUGAAGAGAAAGCAGACAACAUUGAGCACUGUGCUGAUCUGAAAUACUCCUUUGAGGAAUGUCAGAUGACAUUUUUUGUGCUCUGGGGGAAGACCAGGAUGUAAUAUGUCAUUUCUGCUUUCAUCCUCUUCUAUCUACAGAAUGUUGCCUUUGCCUGUUAAAGGGGACAUAUUAUGCCCCUUUUUACAAUAUGCAAUAUAAGUCUCUGGUGUUCCCAGAAUGUGUCUGUGAAGUUUCAGCUCAAAAUACUUCACAGAUCAUUUAUUAUAUCAUUUUGAAAAUGCCUAUUUUGAGUGGAAGUUUAUAGUUUUUUGGGCCUGUCUCUUUAAAUUACAGCUCGGAC